UCAUUCUUCUCUCUGUCUAAAGCAAUCCAGAAACUUUUUGAGAACUCAAAAUCAAAUGGACGAUUCAAGAUCAAGAAAUUAUAGUAAACAAGUAAUCAAACAUACUGCUAUACCUAGACAACUCUCAUCAUCAUCUGAUUUAAAGCAAAAGAUUGCUAGAAGAAGAGAAAGAAAUGAAAACCAAGAGAAUUUAAUGGCAAAUCAUAUGAGUUACUCUUCCUCUAAACUACAAAACUUUAAAAAACCAUCAACACCCAAACAUUUCAUGUCAUCAAGAAAGAAGAUUUUGGUGGAAAGAAACGAUUUGGGAUUCUAUGGAACAACAACAACCCAUGUUUCAAAAAACCCAAUUCUUGAUUCAAAACCUCCAAAUUCAUCAUAUAAGGUACCCCCAAAUCUUGAAUCGAAUGGUUUGAUUUCAUCUCAGAUUACACCUAUUUCUUCAAAAACAACUAAUUCAGAUGAAGAACCACAUUAUGAUCAAAAUACAAAUUGCUCAUCCCCAAAACAAGAUUUUCUUAGUUCCAAUCCUAAUGGUAGAGUUAACAUACUUAAACGAAAAAGGAAUGAAUUGAAACAACAACGACCAGAGCAAAAAUCAAAACCAUCUGGUUCAAGAAUUGGUUUUAAUGAAAAGCCAAACACAAACAAUGGUUCUUCUGAACAUGAAAGUGAAGCUGAAAUAGAAGAAAAAGAAGAGGCGGAGAAGAAUGGGAGAAGCUGGAUUUUGCAUCAGGUAUUCAAAUUUCUAGUCCUUCUUGGUUUUGUGGGGUUUUCUGCAUUUUAUAUAUCUUCUAUGAAUGCCCUAAACCCUCCAUUACAAUCUACUGUUAAACACGGAUUUAAAAUUUUGUGGAAAUUCCUGUUCAAAUUAAACACAGUGGUUGAUGAUUUAUUUACUCUCUUUCAUUUGUUUCGGUUUCAUAAUCGAAUGCACAAGUAUACGUAGAAAUUAAUUAGUUUUCCAUUUUCAUGGGCACUCAAAUGUAGAGAAUGCAACGAAAU